UUCUCGCGGGUUCCCUGUGUUGUCCAGCUCACUCUAAUCUUGUGGAAGAGCGUUCAAAAUGGCGGCAGACUUGAGCUCAACGGAGGAAGAUGUUCAGAGCGUUUUACAGAUAAUUCAAAGAGAUGUCAACUGCCUUGCAGAUAAUAAUAAAACAACACGGAGAAGAGCGUUGGAUAAGAUCAAAAAAGAAACUUUGCAAAAAAAAGUAUCUCUCAACCCGCAUGUACUACAGGGGGUUCUUGAUGAAAUCCUAAAACCCUUGUUAAAAGUAUUUUCCGACCCAGCAGAGAAAUGCAGAGAGCUUUCUGUCACUGUUGUAUCAGAAUUUUCAAUCAAGGUAGAGGACAUCUCUUUAUCUCUUCCAUAUAUCAUCCCUACCAUUUCUCAAAGGCUGGGACAGGCCGAGAUGGUAGAGACAUGUGAAGAAGUCAGAUUUUCACUUGUUGCCAUGUUGAGCUGUAUUAGUGAACUAUGUAAAAAUAAAAUGAGUGUCUACAUAGAUGAUCUUAUCAAGAUUUUCCAAAGGACUUUAGUGGAUCCAUUUCAUGAAGUCAGAAAGGAAAGCUGUCGUUGUAUCAACAUCCUUGCUCCUGCUAUUCCUGAGCAGUUCUAUCACCAAGGCAACUCGCUUGUUAAUCCACUUCUGAAAACCAUCAGCCAUCAGCACUCCAAGGUCCGGCACGCAUGUAUACAGACCAUAGGUGUUGUCAUACAGUAUGGAGAUGGUAAGAACGUGGAUGACGUCAUGUCACAUUUGGCACAGCGAACAUUCGAUUCAUCACCUACCGUCAGAGCAAUGGUGACGAAAGUUGUUGGGGCUUGGCUGCUAGAGCUCAGAGACAGGUACUCCUAUUUUCACAAGCUGUUACCAUACGUACUGACAGGUCUCUCAGAUGAAAUGCCAGACAUCAGGAACCAAUCCCGGCAUAUAAUGGACCAGGUUGGCGAGCUGUAUGCAAAAGAAAAUGAAGAAGAACUAAAAGACAAACUUAAUUUUGAAGCACCUCUUACUUACAGACUUGUUACAGAUGUCCCCAGACCCAAUCUUGGAUGUAGAGUGCUCAUUCAGCGUAAUUUGUCUAAAAUCCUGCCUGCUGCUCUACGAGACAUGUGUGAAUGGACAGUAGACACAAGAAAAAAGGCAUCUGCCCUUAUCUAUCACCUUCUCUUCUACGCUGAAGACAACACCACUCAGCACAUGGAGACAUUGCUCCACGGACUCUACAAGGGUUGCCAAGACGAAGAGCCUGACGUGGUAACCAUGGUGAUUAAAAGUGCUGAGUUAGCUGGUAGCUUUGUAGAACCUGCAGUGUUCUGUAAGCUGAUAUUACCUCACCUGAAAAGUACUGCGAGUGUGUCAACCGCAGGUCUGAUGAGCUGCCUCAUGGUGUUGGCAGCGCUUGUCAGAGGAAGUGAUCCACAGUUAUUACAGCCACAGCUGCAGGUCAUAUGUGAAGGGAUCUCGUAUCCUGAUGUGUGUAGUGCAGAGCAGUUGUCAUGCCAACAGCAGCUUCUUGAGGUUGUGCAUGCGAUCUUGGACAAGGCUGGUCAGCAGUGCUCACCAUUUAGCUAUGACGUGUUCAAGGUUGUUCUUUACGUGCUGGCCCUUAGUGAUGGAACACUGAAUGAUAAGAUUUCGUCAGCUCUUGAUAAGCUCACCUGCAUCCAGGGAUUCACAGGAAUUGAUGGCCUGUAUGCAGCACACAGCGAACAGCUGCUUGGUCAACUGAAGGAAUCCCACAAGUCCUGGCUGAGUAAUUCCGCCGAGCGCCAGCUGUUUGACGUAUUGUUGACCCAAGCAGGUCACGUUACAGGCGAGAUGUUGCUAGGCGACGCCUUGGUAGUUUUCAAGUCAUUUUUGGAUAUCAACAGGGAUCCCGAACUGCGCCUUAGGAUGUUCUCUUUGCUUUCUCGCCUCGUGAUGAGCUCCACCGACUCGCAUUUCGCGCCAUACAGUGUAACCAUGGUUACUGACAUGAUCAUACCGAACUGCGUGUGGCAGCCGGGCAGAACUGCUGGGGCUGUUAGAGCAGCAGCCAUAUCGUGCCUUUGGGCCAUUUUACAGAAAGGGCUGCUACGCCCUGAUCAGGCACAAGCCAUCAUCAAAGACCUUCUGACACAGUUAAACACAUGUCUCGAAGAUCACAAUGAGACAACUCGUCUUGUGUCUUGCAAAGCGAUGCAAAAGCUGCUUACCUCGUGCAAAGAUAGCUUUGAUGGGGAUUUGCUGCACUCUUUGUACCCCGAGCUGCUGAAAAGAAUGGAUGAUAGUAAUGAUGAGAUCCGACGAGUUGUCACCUCUACAUUCCUUGCCUACUUCAGGGCUUUUCCAGACGGUUAUGACUGCGACCUGUACAAGUUUCAUCUUCAGGCAAUGUUUAAAGGGCUUUUGAUCCACCUAGAUGACCCAACACCAACUAUUCAGGAAGCUGUUCUAGCUGCAUUGAAGCAAGCAGCACAUGUCAAGCCCUCUAUACUCAAAGAGCAAGUGGAAGCGGUAAAGCACAAACACAGGGUUGCCAGAUACUGCGAUGAGCUUCUUCAGCAUCUUAAGUCUCUACAAAUUGCCGGUGGCACCUGAUACCGUAAUGACAAAUGGGAUUGCUACUCGCAAACUACCGUAUUUUUUUACGUCCUCUUAGAUAGCCAAUAUGACAACAAUUGAUCACACGCAUCCUAUCCCCCCCCCCUGUUUGGAGAAACCCGGGGCAUUUACCAAACGUUUUAAAGGAAGCAUCCACCUCCCCACCUCCACCCCCCAAGACUGCAAUAAGUCCAUCUAUUUCCACCACUGAGAAAUUCAUCUUAGUUAAACACCCUAUCGGAUAUAGUAUCCUUUUAUCGUGACAGAAAAAAGAAAUUUGGUGCGCUUAUGUGUGUAGCUAUAGAAGAGUUUGAGCUCAUUUGUGUAUAGUUUAAUGCUCAUUUGUAAUUUUGCUCACUAAAUUGUAUAAAUAAAUAUGACUUUAGUAAUAA